UGGGAACCAAGUAUAAACACUUGAUGGCUUUUCCACAUAAUUAUUUUGGAACGGAAACGCCUAUCACCGAUUUAAAAACAACAAUAGUAUUUCUAUAACAAAAUGUAUUUUGUAAGGAUUUUGUUUCUGGUGUUUACGGUGCUUGAUGUGUCAUAUGCAAUUCACAAGAGAAGUGCAAAGCCAUCAUCAUGCCUUGAUAGAUACGAGGCUAUUCCUGAUCACACCAUGUGUCUGAAUAACAUCAAAAACAGACCAGUCAAAGAAGCAGACAGGAGUGUAAUUGAGAGGGUCCACAAUCAGAUCCGUGGUAACGUUACGCCAGCCGCUGCUGACAUGCUGGAGAUGCGAUACGACCAACCCCUGGAACUCGAGGCACAGCUAUGGGCCGAAGAGUGUAAACUGGACCAUGAUGGCAAUUACCAACGCUUCAUGCCAGGUCGGUUUAUGGUUGGUCAGAAUCUCGUCACCAGCCCCAACCAAAUGAGCUGGGAAGCUGUGAUCAUGCUCUGGUCAAGUGAAGUCAUUAACUUCACAUACAACUCCACGGCAAACCAGCUGCACAAAGUAGGCCACUAUACACAGGUUGUUUGGGCGAAGACUGCACUGGUUGGUUGUGGGAUGGCAGAGUGUGGCACGAAGUGGUAUUACGCUUGCAACUAUGGACCAGCCGGGAAUAUAGGAUCUCUUGCCCGUCCGUACAAAAAGGCGACCAGUGGGGGAUCAUGUGACGACUGUGCCGGACACUGCAACGGAACCUCCAGAUUGUGUGCUUGCGGCGGAAAAGUUUGCCUGAAUGAUGGUGUCUUGAACCUGGCUACAUGUGGAUGCCAGUGUAUCCAAGAUGUUGACCACUAUGACAGCGACAAAUGUGACCUGACAUGUGAAGACGAUGGGGACAGCCCUCUGUGCGGAAACUACCCCUUUGUCAAAGACCAAUGUGCGACGAAUGCAAAGGCCCUAUACUUUUGCCCAAACAUGUGCAAUAUUUGUCCAUACGCAGGGGCAAACUAUACGGAAGGCAGUGUGGCAUUGCCAACUGUCGGAAGCUCCUCGACAAUGCUGUUAAUUGACAGCUACCUUAUGUUCACAAUGUUACUGAUAAUGAGUGGUGUUUAUUAACUUACUUUUCAGCAGACACUUGUAUAACACUUAUUAUUUUAUUUUUUGGUAGAGUCAAUGUUUUAAAAAAAAGUGUAUUUAUCAGCCAAUAUAGUUAUCCAAUGAUUACUAAUUAAAUGUGGAACAUAUCUAAGUUUAAUAAAACUGGCUGCAGAUGAAUUUAUUUACAAAGAUUAAUACUUGAUUUUCCAAAACUAAAUUAUAAACUUUAAGGUGAAAUGUAUCAAUGGUCAUAAUGUUUAAUACUGUAAAUUUACAAAUAAUUUAUUAAAACAUUUAUACUUUAUCAACUUUGUUUG